CAGGCACUGACUUCCAAUCAUGGUUGAGUGAGUGAUUGGUUCAGGGUAGGCGGGACAGAGCUGAUUAUUUUGUUCUGGCUGCAGUUCUUCUGCCCACAAAUAAAAAGAGACCGUACUGAAGAACUAAGAAGAUCAACUUUGGGAAAGAAGGUAAAGAAAAGACAGAAAUGCCACAAAACGUGGUGCUGGAUGGGCCAGCCCCUUGGGGAUUUCGGCUUUCAGGAGGCAAAGACUUCAACCAGCCGUUGACCAUAACUCGGGUGACACCAGGCAGUAAAGCAUCACGAGUCAAUCUGUGCCCAGGAGACAUCAUCCUGACAAUCCAGGGAGUUUCUGCAGAGGGUAUGACUCACGCUGAAGCUCAGAAUAAGAUCAAAGACUCCACCAAUCAGCUUUUCCUCAAGAUAGAGAGGCCAGAAACUAAACUCUGGUCUCCUCAAGUUGUAGAAGAGGGAAAAGUGAACCCAUUCAAAAUCAGUUUAGAGGCAGAGAAUCAAGAGUAUAAACCUAUUGGCACAGGCCAUAACAGAAGAGCACAGCCCUUUAUGGCUGCUGCCAGCCUGGAUGACAACAAGCAGGUGGUGAGCUCCACCUACAACACUCCCAUAGGCCUCUACUCUACAGAUAACAUCCAGGACGCCCUGCAAGGACAGAUCCGGAGUCUGAUGCAUGAAAAGCCUGAGGGCCAUAAAACGCUGACAUCCAUCGAAGACUCCCAUGUGUACCGUAUGCUCCAGGAAGACCAUGAGCAGCCACAUGAACCACGCCAGUCUGGCUCAUUCAAGGCCUUGCAAGACUAUGUAGAGAGUGAUGGCACAAAGCCCCUGGUAACUAGAAGUGUAAAGGCCCCAGUGACAAAGCCCCAAGCUGCCACAUCCUCAUUGCAGAAGCUGCCUCUCUGUGAUAAAUGUGGCAACGGCAUUGUUGGACCAGUGGUGAAAGCCCGUGACAAGUACCGCCACCCGGCCUGUUUCGUGUGCUCAGACUGUGGCAUGAACAUGAAGCAGAAGGGCUACUUCUUUGUGGAUGGACAGAUGUACUGUGAAACCCAUGCUCGAAUCCGAAUGGCUCCAACUGAGGGACACGACCUAAUUACCGUAUAUCCCACUGCUUAGAGGGACAGCACAACUCAAACAUCACUUAUAUUAAAUAAUUUCACGUAAAAAUUAAAAUUCUGUCAUUAUUUACUCACCCUGUUUUCAUUUCAAACUUAUGACUUUCUUUCUGCUACUGAACACAAAAGGAUAUAUAUUUUUAAAAUGUCACAAUAGCUGAUUUCCACACAAUAGCAGUUGAUAGUGAAUAGUGACUCACUUUAAAGCUUGAAAAAGCACCCAAAAGCGUCAUAUUCCAUCUUCUAAAGGAUUAAAAUCAAUUUGUAUGAUUAACAGAUCAAAAUUAAGUUGUUAUUCACUUUCAAAUCCAGUCACUGAACAACUCCUAAACAAUGUAAAGCUCAAAUAUGGCGACACGUCAAUAACAUCAAACCUCAUUGGUUCUUCUGUCAUGACUCCAUGACAUUUGGUCAUGAGAUGCGCAAGAACCAAUGAAGUUUGACAUCACUGACAUGUAGCCAUAUUUGAGAUGUUUACGAGCACUGUUAUUAGCACUGUUUACGAGUUGAUUUGAGAGUGAACAACAACUUGAAUUUCCAUCUGUUCAUCAUAUAGGGUAACCGUAUGCCUUCAGAAGACUUGGAAUAUGACACACGAGUGCAUGGACUACAUUUAUGACACUUUUGGUUGAUUUUCUAACCACUGAAGUGAGUCACUUUCAACUGCCACUGUAUGGAAAUCAGCGAUUGUGGCAUUCUUUAAAAUGUAUCUUUUGAGUUCCGCAGAAAAAAGAAAGUCAUAUGAAAUAAUGCCAUAAUUUUCAUAUUUGGGUGAACUUUGACUACGAUUUAAAUUUUAAAACUUCUCAUUGCUUACACUUAUUAUUUCUUGAUGUUCCAUUAAAAUCCAAUAUCUGGGUAAUGUAAGGAUAAAAUACACAUCCAUACUUCAGAGGGGGGUUUAGUACAUCAGGGGGAAUGCAAGACUGCUUUAGAAUUCACUUUUUUUUUUCUCAAGGCCUUAAUUCAUCUCUAAUGUUCCACUCUACUGAAAAGCAGUGAGUGAACUCUCCCAUUUCUCUUCUUUCAUAUUAAAUAUUAGGGAUCUGUGCUGAGGAAAUCCUAUAUUUCAACACUAACUAAUCCAUUUAGGUUUAAAUUAUUCUCCAAAUAUGCAGGAAAGGUAAUUUUACUCUUAUCACAGGGUCAAAUAUCCCAUUAUUCAUGUACAAGCUAGUAUUUAAUAAUAUGCAUAAACUGUGCGAGUAAAAGAAGUUUGAUGGGGCGUGGGUCAUAGUAAAAAAAGAUGCAAUGCAAUCCAUUUCCCAGUAAAGAAUACUUUUUUUUUCAUGGACAUAUUGACUUUUCAUUUAACCAAAUGACAAAUUGUACAAUAUUGCCUGUGCUGUAUUUUGUGUUUCUUACACUCUGUAAAUUAAGGCCACCUCUAAGAACAAAUAAGAAUAAAGUUUUAUUGUGUUACUACA